GGUCAAACAUCAAGAAAAAAACAAGCCUCAUGAAAAGUUAAGAAAAAAAAACUUCCUCAAAUGUUUCACCGGAAGGAGAUGUGGUGAUAAAUAGUCUUUUUGCACACAAUGCAGCUGCACCAUUAACCUGCACACAUUAACCAGACUGGACGCAUAAUGAAGGAGGAAGACACUAUUUAUACCGUGGUGGAAGUGCUCAUUGCCGUUACUUGCUGUCUGGGUAACAUGCUGGUAAUUUUGGCCCUUUGGAUCAGUAGAAACAUUCAGCAGACAACCUUCUGCCUUAUUGUCUCGCUGGCUGUGGCUGAUUUUCUGGUAGGUUGUGUGGCAAUACCAUUGGCUGUAGUGGUGGAUGGACGAGUGAAGACUUCAUUCAAGACCUGUCUCUUCAUCAGCUGUGUGAUCAUCCUGCUGACUCUUGUUUCAGUUCUGUGCCUUGCAGCUAUUGCUGUAGAUCGUUUCCUUCGGGUGUGUAUCCCUAUCAGGUACAAAAGGACUGUAACACACAGACUCUCUUGUUGUGUGGUAGCAGCAUGUUGGCUUGCUGCAAUUCCUCUCAGCUUUACUCCUAUGUUUGGAUGGCACAAGAAUGAAACUUUAAAUUAUACAACUUGCAAGUUUAUAGAUGUCAUCCCAAUGUCAUACCUGGUUUAUUUCAACUUUUUUCUCUGCACAUUGAUGCCUCUGUUGGUAAUGACUGUUUUAUACAUCUGUGUCUUUUGCACAAUCAGAAGAAACCUUCGAGACAAACCAGGGAGCCAUGCCCGAAAUUCUUACAACUACUUAAGGAAAGAGAAACAGCUGGCGGGAUCUCUGUUUCUGGUACUGGCCUUGUUUGGCCUGUGCUGGCUCCCUCUCCACAUAAUGAACUGUAUUCAGUACUUUGGAAAUAGUGAGGUACCAAAACAAGCUUUUAAUGUUGGGAUUGUGCUCUCUCAUGCUAACUCAGCUGUCAACCCAGUUGUCUAUGCAUUCAAAAUACAAAAAAUCAAAAGAGCAUAUCUAAAGAUCUGGAAAGAGUGCAUUUCAUGUGGAACAGAAAAGCAGGAAUCACAGAUAAGCCAGACAACAGACAAGUCCAGCAGUAACAAUGAUAGUCUGGCCAAAAAUGAAUGAAGGCUGACUUCCUUGUUUAAUUCUAUUUUAUUAGGGAUCAAAUUUGAUUGGCUUUUGAAAUGUAUGUAUUAAAACCAGUGACUUGAUAAUUACCUUGGUGUGUGUCAGGCCUAGAAUCAAAUAUUAUAUUAUUUAGAUACUCAUAUGUUUGCUAGGUAUUCAGUUUUAAAUUUUCAUCCAUCCAUCUAUUCUCUUAUCCAAUUCAGGGUCACAAGAUCCCAGCUGUUAUAGGGAAAGGGGUGGGAGUACCCCCUGGACAGGUUGCCAGUCUGUCACUGGGCACACUAAAUAUUAGUUUCUUUUAACCCUCUCAGGCUCAAAUUAAGUUUUUGUUGCUAAUGCACAACCAAGUCCUGCAGUGAUACUUCUGAGUAAAAAAAACUCAUAAAAUAUGUAUGUGGGGUAAUCAGGUUGUUAGUUUUUAACUGUUGCAAAUCGGCAACACCUGCCUGGAGAGGGUUAAAUGUGGAAAUCUAAUCCAUCUCAGCUUACAUCCUUGGAGUCCAUGUCAUUUAAACUAGUAAUGAUGCCGCUUCAGUUCACUUCAUUAAGGCCAACAAGGGGACUAAAAAAAAUUUUAAUAUAGCAGUUUCACUAUCUAGCCAUAGCUUUAAAUAUUUGCUGUAGCUUACUGCUGAGGGUAUGGCAUGCAGAUAGUUGUUUUAGAGAUAGCCCUAGUGUGUACUGAUGUAAAGCAUGUGUUUCUGUCUAUAUUGUGUAAACUGUUGCAGAAAAAAAGACCAACUUCCUCUUGUUUUUAAAGUUAAGUUUCAUGUCACUCUUUCUCUGUUUCUGUUCAAGUUCUAGUUCGUCAUAUGUUGAUAUGAAGACUCUCCAUUAAUAUCAACAAACAGUGUAUUCUGUUCAGAAAUUAUAUUCACUGUUCUUUAAAGUGGUAGUUAAAGUUAAAGUUAAAUAAAAUGGAAUUGCGUAGGGGUAACUGAUGCUGUAGU